AUGUCUGACGGGUCUGUGAAGGUUAAAUUCUUCACCAAAGAAGAUGAUGAGACAAUACAAUUGAAUAGUGAAAAUAAUGCUCCCAUUUUUGCACCAACAAGCUUGAAGAGAUUUGGGUUAUCAGAGAUUGUUAACCACUUGUUACAAUCUGAAACCCCUGUUCCCUUUGAUUUUCUUAUAAAUGGAGAGAUAAUCCGUAGUACAACCUCAUUAGAAGAUUAUCUUGUGAAGAAUGGGUUAUCUCAUGAAGUUGUUCUUAAUAUUGAAUAUACUAGAGCCAUAUUACCACCUUCAUUCUUGGCAUCGUUCCAAAACGACGACUGGAUUCUGUCAGUGGAUUCCUGGAAGGGAGAAAGCAUCAUCAGUGGUGGAUAUGAUGGUAUUGUACGUACUUAUAACAUGUCAGGUCAAAUAACAAAGCAAUUGGCUGGACAUAGUGGAAGCAUAAAGAAUGUCAAAUUCAUUUCCGAUACAAGAAUUGUUACUUCAGGUAACGAUAGACAAUUAAGAUUAUGGAAGGUUAAAGGCGAGAAUGCAUCAGUCAUUGAUAAUGAAGAAGAUGUUGAAAACGGAAGAACAUUGGCCAUUUUAGAAGGUCACAAGGCUCCCGCAGUCAAUUUGGCUGUUCAAGGUGAUAGAAUUCUUUCCGCUGGGUAUGAUCAUGUAGUAGGCUUCUGGUCAACUAAUUAUAAGGAAAUGGCUGCAAUUGAAUUCAAUAAAGAUGAUGAAGAAUCAAAGUUAUCCACAGCAUCGAAAAAGAGAAGAAAGCUUGCUAUUCAAGAUUCUACCAUAAGACGUCGUUCUCCAUUGGCUAUGUUUGAAGGUCACAAUCAACCAGUUGAAGGGGUUAUUUUUGACGGUAAGGAUUCAACUGUCGGAUAUUCAUGUUCUCAGGAUCAUACAGUGAAAACAUGGGAUUUAGUUACUGGUAAGAAUGUUGAUACCCGAACCACUGGGUACUCGUUAUUGUCUAUUUUACACGUGCCCGAACACAACUUAAUUGCUACUGGAUCACUGGCCAGACAUAUCAACUUGCAUGACCCUAGACAGGACAGUUCCAGCUUCAAGAAGUUGGUUGGCCAUACCAACUUUGUGGUUGAUUUAGCUGCCUCACCCACAAACAAACUGAUGUUUGUUUCUGCAUCUCAUGAUGGGACAUGUAAGGUUUGGGAUGUAAGAAGUGAUAGAUCGAUGUACACUAUCACCAGAAAUGACGAAGAAGCAGCAAAAGCUAAAUUAAAGGUAUUUGGUGUGUGUUGGGACCAAGCAAUUGGUAUUAUUUCUGGUGGUGAAGAUAAGACCAUUCAAAUUAAUAAGGGAAUAUAA